AUUAUAAUUUCUCAUAAAUUGUAUUAAGAAUCUUACAAGUUUACCUAUAUCUACCUAGGUAUAUGUGUUAUCUUUGAUUUCGUCAAUAGCUUCUUUCUGAUUUGAUAUCUUUAUAUAAAUUCAAUCGUCUAUUGUCGUCGCAUUCAUAUGCAUUCAUUCUUUCACUUGUGAGCUCUAGAUCACAUCUCUCAUCUGAUGUACAAGUCAAGCUUCCAUUGAAGGUUACCAGGUAGAUAAGAUUAUAAGAUUAUAAGAUUAUUACCAUUACCAUUACCAUUACCAUCCGUGGAACAUUCGCACAAUUCGAAAUCAUCCGAGAAACCAUCCGCAUCAAUUCUUCAAAUCCUCAAACCCCUCAGCAGCGCAUCGCACUCACACAUACACAAAAUGGAUACCUCGAAAGUCUCAAUCUUCAAGACGUACGAUAAACCUCGAGGUCAAGGAGGCGCGAGUUCAUUCGCGACCUUUAUGAUCAUCGGCCCUGUAUGCUUCUUCCUCGGGAUUCUCUUUUCCUCAUUCCCGUACGAUUACCCUCUUCUCUGGACCACCGAAAGUACUCCUGAUGCCUACUAUACCUUCAUCGAAGAGCAUUUGAAAUUCAUGCACGCUUCUCCACCCAUCAUUCCACGUAUCCUCCACAUUGUCGUCUCAGUUGGAUUUAUCGGACUCUUCAUUAAGCUUUUCAAGCCUUCAGAAGCCAAUCUCCUAUUCGAUGGCGCAUCACUCGUUCUCUAUGUCGUAGGCGUCGUGGUUUACAUCACCAAUAUUGUCAAGGGUAUGCGCAUUGUAACACUCGGAUUAUAUGGCGAGGCUGGUGCGCCAGAAGGAGAAGCAGGCGUAGGAAGAGAAGACAGUUUGAGGGUUUUGGCAGCCAGUAACACGAUUUUAGCUUUGGUUUUGGUGGGCGUGUUGGUUUUGCAAGCCGGCCAGUGGUAUGCGGAGCGUAAGGACCAAGACGAGGCGGAGAAGUUUGAGAAGGAAGAGCAGGAGAAGAAGGAAUUGGAUAAGAAGCAGAGGAGUGGAAGUGGGCAUGUCACGAGAUCGGUUUCGAAGAAGAGACAGUGAGGGAUGUCUCUCAAUGGGAGGAUUGUGUAUCUAUGGUGGAUGGGGCACGAAUUUAUGUGUAGUAAUAUUCUUUGGUUCGUUUUAUACGAAGAAAUCUAUUCUCAAUAAAAGCCAAUACUCUUACCAC